ACUAGCAGGCACAAAAUAAGCUGGCUGCAAGCAUACAACGCUGGCCAAAAGAAAAUAUGGAGGGUUAUAACUUGGGUGUGAGAAGAGGAGCUUGGACUAGAGAGGAAGAUGAUCUUCUGAGGCAGUGCAUUGAGAAUCAAGGAGAAGGAAAGUGGCACCAAGUUCCUUACAAAGCAGGGUUGAACAGGUGCCGGAAGAGCUGUAGACUAAGGUGGUUGAACUAUUUGAAGCCAAAUAUCAAGAGAGGAGACUUUAUGGAAGAUGAAGUAGAUCUAAUAAUUAGGCUUCAUAAGCUUUUAGGAAACAGGUGGUCAUUGAUUGCUCAAAGACUUCCAGGAAGGACUGCGAAUGAUGUGAAAAAUUACUGGAACACCCGAUUGCGGACGGAUUGUUGCCUGAAAAAGAUGAAAGACAAAUCCCAAGAAACAAUAAAGACCAUCAUAAAAAGGCCACAACCAAGAAGCUUCACCAAAAGUUCAAAUUGUUUGAGUUUUAAAGAACCAAUUUUGGACGAUACUCAACUAGAAGAGAAUUUUAGUACGCCAUCACAAACAUCAACAUCAACAAGGAUUGGAAGUGAUUGGUGGGAGACCUUUUUAGAUGACAAGGAUGCUACUGAAAGAGCUACAGGUUCUGGUCUUGGGUUAGAUGAAGAAUUGCUCGCAAGUUUUUGGGUUGAUGAUGAUAUGCCACAAUGGACAAGAACGUGCAUCAAUUUUUCUGAAGAAGGACUAAGUAGAGGUGAUUUCUCUUUUAGCAUGGACCUUUGGAAUCAUUCAAAUGAAGAAUAGAGAAAGUAAGUCUUAAGUCUUAGUAGUAUUGUGUUUUUUUUAGAGUGUUUGUCCCAUAUUGAAAAGUGAAGAGACCUAGUCUGGAUUUAUAAGGAGUUGAGCUUCUCCCUCCAUUGCCAAUUGAGUUUGAGGUGG